AUGCGUUCAUCUAUUCAUCACGGCCUGCUCUUGGCCUCCCUCACUGCACCUGUUGUGUCUGCUGAGCGAGUGCUGGGUGCUUAUAUUUAUGCGCGUCAUGGUGAUCGGACUGCUAAAAUUCUCGGCAAUACCCAACUAACUGAUUUGGGUUAUUACGAGGUCUUCGCGGCUGGAUCUGUGUAUCAUGACCUCUAUGUUGACUCGAGCUCGGAUAAGCAGAUCGAGGGAAUCAGUGACCCCAUCGUGAACGCCAAGCAGAUCAAUGCUAGUGCUCCCUCAGAUGCGGUGCUGCAGAACUCGGCCACUGGUUUCCUGCAGGGUGUCUAUCCUCCCGCUUCAACAGCGGCUAACACUACCCUUGGAAAUGGUACCGUGGUCGACUCGCCAUUGAAUGGUUAUCAGCUCAUCCAGCUACAGACCACUGGUACGAGCAACAGCAACGAAGACUCCAGCUGGCUGCAGGGCUCCAGUGAUUGCUCCAAGGCCACUGUGAGCAGCAACAACUACUAUAGCUCCGAUGCUUACAAUGAUGUCCUCAAGUCCAGCGCAAGCUUCUAUGAUUCUCUCACUCCUGUCUUGAACCGGACUUUCUCGGCUUCUGAUAUUAGCUUCGAGAAUGCCUACACUAUCUUCGACUAUCUGAAUGUGGGCUACAUCCAUAACACAUCUGCGACCUUCCCUGGCAAGUCAGAGUACAUGACCGACGCCAACCGCGUGCAGCUCAUUUCGCUGGCUGGUACCCACGAGUGGAACCUGGCAUACAAUGCCUCCGACCCCGUCCGCGCGAUCAGCGGUGCCGUUAUUCUCGGCGAGAUCAUGUCCAGCUUUGACGAGAUCAUCGACUCGAAGGGCGCGAAGUCUAUUCUGAACGUCCAGUUUGGAUCAUACGGAACUAUAAUGUCCUUCUUCGGUCUGAUGCAGAUGCCUGCUGCUUCGCCGGAAUUCUACGGCAUCCCAGACUAUGCCUCGUCUAUGGUCUUUGAGCUCGUGACCAAUGCUACUGGCACCGACUUCCCCUCGAGCGAUGAAAUCAGCGUGCGCUUCGCAUUCCACAAUGGAACCAUGACUGGCUCGGAGACGCCCACCGUCUACCCUAUGUUUGGUCAAUCCAGCGAUGUUCUCUCCUACUCUGACUUCAGCACGCAGAUGAAGAAGGUUGCUAUUACUUCCACUACCCAGUGGUGUGAUAUGUGCGGCAACACUGAUGGUAGCUGUGCAACUUCGAGCGCAUCCAGCUCUACUACCAGCUCCUCGAGCACUGAGAGUUCUGGUGGAAUUUCCCGGGCAGUGGCUGGUGUCAUCGGCGCCAUGGUCACUCUUGCUGUUAUUCUUGGCUUGCAGGCUCUCUUCUUCCUGGUCGGUGGAUUCCGCAUCGCUAAGCGAAACAAGGGCGUUCCGGAAAUGGUCACUACCUCUAGUGUGGAGGCAGACAAGAAGGCCUAA